CGCCCCCCAUCGGCGGAGCGCGCGCACUACCCGGCGGGCGCCCGGCGCGGCCCGGCCCGUCUCACUCGGCCGCCCAUCUCCUGUCCGUAAAGCACCAGUACGCUGUCACAGCCGGGUACGGCAGGCGGAGGCAGCCUCGCAGGAACGCGGCCAGCAGCGUGAUAAGGGAAUAACUGGAGCUGAGCAGAUGAACCGUGAAGGUGCCCACGGGAAGUCUCCCGAUGAGAUGUACAUCCAACAGAAGGUGCGGGUGCUCCUUAUGCUGAGGAAGAUGGGAUCCAAUCUAACUCCAAGUGAAGAGGCUUUUCUACGAACGUAUGCCGGAGUAGUGAACAGCCAGCUUAGCCAACUUCCACAGCACCCAAUUGAUCAGGGUGCAGAGGACGUUGUGAUGGCCUUCUCCAGACAAGAAACUGAGGACAGGCGGCAGUGAAGGACUUGGGGUGGCAGGCAGAAAGAUUAUGGACAAUUCUUAAUGCAGAAUCCAGAGUGCUCACAAGUUGCUUGUCUUCUCGUGUACUUGAACAUCACAGCAAAGCCUGUGACUGCCAGGGUUGUGCAUCUGGACUGCUUCUAACGACCAGGGGCAAAAAGGCCCAAUUUCUUUUUGGUUGGUCAAAGGGAUUCACUGUCCUCUUCUAUUUUAAAUUUGUGUGCAUUGUCUUUUUUUUUAAGUUUAUUACAGCUGCUCCUAGCUUGCAGUGUCACUGCAGCUUGGACAUUGUGUGACACAUGCUGGCCUCUGCCCCUGAUGCUCUGCAUUGUGCACUCCUCCUGUGGAAGGAGAUGCAGUGUUUUCCAGUUCAUGCUGGUGGACUCUGUGGAGAAUUGACUGACAUCACAUGUCCUUUUACUGCAGCCUAGUAAACACAACACAUCACAACGGCUCCUCCCUGGAAACAGCACCAUACGCAACAAAUGAAACAUUAACUUAACUUUCAUUUUUAUGUCCUAUUAAAACUAAUAUGGUUACUUGUUCUUUUUGUUUGAAUUUAAACAAAUUUUAAAAUCUUGGACAAUUUAUUUAUGUACGAUGACCAAAAUGUGUUCAAAGUGCUUGGAUUACUACGUCCAAUGCCUUGCCCUCCCCUUCCAUACUUUUUUUAAAAGAAAAUGGCUGACACUGAAUAACAAUUUACUUGAAGGAAAUACUCUGGGGGACAUAAGUAUAUUACAAAUGGAAUUAAACAGCAGAGGUAGCAAGUCAUCAGGGAGAGAUCUGCCUUUAAUGAUCCAUGCGGUUGGUUAUUGAUUUCUGUGGAUGCCGUUACUGAGGUAACUAAACCCAACACGGUGUCACUGGCCUUGAAGGCCCAAGGGCAUCCAUUUAACUGAAACCUCUGCGCCCAAGUCCUUGAUGUGAACAAAGUGAAUGUCCGCUUUGUCUCUAUUAUUCUUUUUUUUGUGGGACUUUUUUAAAAAUGUCUUGUUAAGAACAGGUUUUGACUGUAUCCUGUUUUUGGAACCUCUUGGGCUUGACUCUCAUCGAGUGAAGCAAAUAGUGCAUGUGUAUGUAUGAUUUUGUUUCGAGAGCCUGUUUGGAAGUCAGGUGCCUGAUGUUGUAAAUAUCUACAGGUAUUUCUUGGAACUGGGUAUUUCUAAAUCGGUUAUACGGAGGCAGAUUCUUUGUGCCAAAAACUUCUGUACUUGAUUUGAAUCAUGGUUAAGGAAAAUUGUUGAUAUUGUUUUCUUUAUAAAAAUAUCCUCAUGUCAAGAAUAAAGUAAUGAGGGCUAUGUGAUAAACACAAAUUCUGCAGAUGCUGGAAAUCCAGAGUAACACAUACAAAACACUAGAGGAACUCAGCAGGUCAGGCAGCAUCUAUGGAGGGGAAUAAAUAGUUGACACUUCGGGCUGAGGUCCUUCAGGACCCAUCAGGGCUAUGUGAUUCAAGAUGCAGGGUUCUCUGUUACAAGGCUCUCUAGUUUGUUCAAAGUGAUUAACCUUUCUGUCCCUCCAGCCUCCAUCCUCCAUCCCAUUAUUCCCUCCACUACUAAAUGAAAGAAAAAAUGCAAAUCCUGUUCCUCAGGAAGCAAAAGAUCAAAAACAUAGGAGUUCCUACAGAUACUAGAAAUCCAGAGUAACACACAUACACAAAAUUUAGAGGAAUGGUCCUGAUGACGGGUCUCGGCCCGAAAUAUCAACUGUUUAUUCUCCUCCACGGAAGCUGCUUGACUUGCUGAGUUCCUCCAGCAUUUGGUGUGUUUUACUAAGCAAAGGAUCAAGUGUAUUUGUUUUAGAUUUCAACAGAAACUGAUGGCAAAUCUGUUGUCCCUCUUUAGUAUGUAAGCUGAGGGAUGCUCAAGCUUGUCAAUAUGCAGAAAACUGAGAGGAACUUUACAUCCGCAGCUGGGCAGGGGUAAUGGGGAUUUAAUAAAAGUCUGCCUUGCCUGAGAUUUUACUGUAUCCCAGUUUCCUUCUGGAUAAAGACUCUCUUUUGACUUUGAGUUGUACAUCUGUUAAUCAACACUGUAUGUCAUAUACCUUAUGUCUUACAUCCUCCCUCUCCCUCCCAUCUCUUGGCCAGAUACUUUGGCACAAGAUAAUUUCAUACUACUUAAUAAUUGCUAUUGAUUGGUUGACAUCUCUCCAUUUAUGUCAGGUGGUGGAUACACAGUUUUCAAAACGUCGGUGAGAUUGGGUGUUGUGAGAAUUCUGAUUGUUCAUCUUACUGCUUAGAAUAAUUGAAAAUACAUUGAGAACUGUCAUGUCAAUUUUGAUGAAGUAUGUUGUCUUUUUUUGCACCAAUGAACGGUUUGCACUUGCGCCUUUUUUGGUAUCACAUUCUCCAUUGCUGAUGCUUCAUCAAACAAUGGAUUGGAUGCAGAGCAGAAUAGCUGACAUGUCUCACAGCCAACAGCAAACUGUGUAACUAACAGUGUCAGUUUACUUAGAAAGCAGUCUACAUCAGAGAUUCCCAUCUUGGGGUCCACAGAUCCCCUCGGUUAAUGAUAGGGGUCCAUGGCAUAAAAAGCUUGGGAACCCCUGGUCUACACGAAGGGUGAUGGAAGGAGACGCUAUGGCAGAAACUAAAGUGACUUCCACCAUCCUGAGCUGGUUACUUUCUCCAGAUAUGUGGGAAGUGGUGAACAGUUGUGUUCACAUUUUGUCCUUCAUGGUCUUGGAAUGUCUUUAAACUUUUGCAAUAGUCCCUAU